GAUAUUGUUCAUAGUACAGCGCUGCUUACCGGUGCUGUCACAAUCGUAACAUGGUUUCGUGAAUUUGUUCAAAGUUAUCAAUUAAAUACGUUAUCUAAAAAUCUUUUAACAAAUUAAUUUUAUUCUAAAUAUAAUGGAUUAUAAAGAAGAACAACGUAAUGAGAUCGAAGCUUUGGAAUCGAUCUACUGCGGUGAAUUGGAAAUUUUAGCUGUAGAACCAUUUUACAUAUUUGCUGUACCUAUUAAAACAGAAGAAUAUGAACCAGAAACUGAAAAUGGUCUUAGUUGUCGAUUAGAGUUUACAUAUACAGCAAAUUAUCCUGAUGAACCGCUCCUCAUAUCUAUUGAAGAACAGGAGAAUUUUGAAGAAGGAAGCGACAAACAGUUAAAAGAACACUUAAUAGAAGAAAUGAAUGAAAAUUUGGGAAUGGUUAUGGUUUUUACAUUGGUUAGUGCUGCACAGGAAUGGCUUAAUUGCCAAUGGGAUAAGAUUAAAUUAAAAAGGGAAGAAUCUGCAGCGCUUAAGCUCAAAGAAGAAGAAGAAGCAGAAAGGAAAAAGUUUGAAGGAACUCGAGUCACUGUAGAAACAUUUUUAAGUUGGAAAGAGAAGUUUGACAAUGAAAUGGGAUAUACAAAACGGAGGGAGAUAGCGGAACGUGAAGGAAAGAAAUUAACUGGCAAAGAAUUAUUUAUGACUGAUAAAACAUUAGAUCAGUCUGAUCUUAAAUUCUUAGAUGAUGGAGAUGCAGUUAAAGUAGAUGAAAGUCUUUUUCAAAAUCUUGAUGAUUUGGAUUUGAAAGAUGAUGACGACGAUGACGAUGAUGAUCCUGAUUACGAUCCAAAUGUUUCUGAUGAUAGUGCCUAAAAUAAAUACAGUAUAUUGUUGGUGGAAGAGAUUGAACCUAUAAAACUAAUAAAAUGUGAACAUUAUAUUAUCAUUGAGCAUUGGUAGUUUGUUCAAGAGUAAAUUUGAUAUACUUUUUGUACACUGGCACAUUGAGGGCCUGAAUAAAAUUAAUUAAUUAAAUUUGGCCCUGUAAGAUCACUAUAUCCACAUCCAUAAAGCAUCUCUUCCAUACACAAUAUAUUUUAUGUUCUAGAUAAUGGUUAAUCACAAGAUAAUAAAUUAAAAGAUUAGUACUUCGAAGUUUACUGUAAGUACUAAUGUAUAAAUGACAGAUUAAUGAAUUUGAAGCAAAUGUGUCACUAGAAAAUGAAUUAAUCAUAAUUCUUUGGUGCUAUUUGCAUUUUGUACUGUAGCUGACAAUGCAACAUAUUGAUAUCUGUUAUGCAGAUAUAUUUUACACAUGCAAGUAAAGGGAUGAAAAUAUUUCAUAACAAAAAUAAUUUUUGUAAUUAUGUAUAUAGCUGAAUCACUUUCAUAAAGUUUUGUUUAAUAAACAAUAUAUUACAAUUUUUCCCGCGCUUGAUUGAAGCCUCUUCAGAAAGAUCAUUUAAAAAGGGGAGUGUAAAGAAAUAAACAAACGCGCUAACGAUCAUGACUUAACAUUUAUUCAUAGCCUUAAGAGUAUAAUUUAUACGUCCAGUAACAAAUUCUAAGAAACGAGAACUUGUAGUUAAAUAAUUUCGGGUUUUCUCACUCGUGUAUCCGUGGUAAAUUCCUUACGUUUGUGGUGUGGCAGUAAUUACAAUUCACUCGAUGUUGUUGAUCGAAGUUUCUAUUUCACAUAACACAUAGGAACCAUCUGACAAAAAUGUUCAUUUCAUAUAUUUAGUUAAAGUAAGACUGAUAAGUAGAAUAUAGUACAAAAGAUACAACUUUCAAAAUGUUUUUCUUUGCUAGUCCUGAUUCAAAUAUUUAAAAACACGUUGUUAAAUUGAAAAGAUGGCGAGAUAAUUUGCGCAGCCUUAUGUUAUACAUAUAUCCAGUGGAACAAAAGAGUCAAUCCGAAUGAUCGAUUUCUCUAUUGAUGCGUGCAUUAAAUUAAAAAUUAUUCGACGACAUAGUAGCACAAUAAUAAUACAAUAAAUAAUCUGUUAUACGCUAUUGAGGCACAAUUACAGUAAAUCAGUGCUGUUCACGGAUGGAUCAUUCACGUAUGAUUAUCUUCAACCUCAUGGUACACUAGAUUUAUACAUAUACAUAUAAACCGAGCAUACAUAAAUAUGUAACUAAUGUAUUUUUUAUGCAGUUCAGGAAGUACUAUGAGGGCAACCCGUGAACACCACUUGUAAAGCAACUAUUCAUCAAUUUACAAAGUGAUCUUAAAGAAGAAUCUCAUUAAAACGGACAUUCUCUGUUUCAAGGAAUAAUCACCAAACUUAGAAUGGCACGCAAACUAGCAUGGUGCACAAAUAAAUAAAGAAUUCCAGGUGAAGCGAUUGGUAAAAUUCACUUUUGUAAUCAAUGAAUAGUCGCGCCUUGGAAAUGUGUACAUCGUCACAACGUAUAAUUACAGUAUUAAAUUAACAAUAAAUAAGUACGGAAUACUGACGGGUAACGAGCUUGGAUUUAAACCGUCAAUUCCCUGACACAUUUUACGACGUUAAUUAUAUCUACUGAAGAUUUACGCAUGUGGCCACAUUACAAGACAUUUAUUUACUUCCGCAACAUUAUCUUAAAACGUGUAUGUAUACGUCAGAGUAGCCGUCUUGUUUUUUAACUCGCCAACACGUCAUAAUCUGUUGGGAGAAGAACACGAUUAGUAAUGACAUAACGCUCCUUCAGUACUUUUCAUUUAACCAAGCGACACCUUGAAGGACUUUAUCCAGCUACAAAUAUAUGUAUAACAUAAAAUAGGAUUGGAACAUGAGCACAUCACUUUCAAUUACUUCCUAAUGUCUAUCUACCGUGAACUAACGACAUUACAAAUAAACCCGCGUCGCUUGGCUAAAUUUACUACUACAUUCAAAUCUACGCAAUUAAAGUAAACAAUCAAAUUCGUAGCAGCAAACGAUUUCAUAAUGUAAUAUGUACAUAUACAUGGACUCGGUAACUGGUUUUUUUUUCUAGUCAGCAGUUAAUUACAUUUUGACACACAUACACACACACGCACACACACGCAAGCACAUUUUAUGCAUAUAUACCACAUAUUUCAAGUAUCGACUAUGUCUUGUACAGCAUGCCAGACCCGAUAGUAUACCAUUGAUUAUUCUAGGAUGAAAUAUUAACAGUCAAGAGGAGUGCUUUCGAUACGCUUCUACGAAAAAUAGACACUCUUUACAUAGAGAAAAAUAAGUUGUGUAUACUAUUUUAUUCGUAUUGGAUUGCUUGAUGAUGCCACCCGAUCUUUCGGAAAAUUCGAAGACCGAGAACGUCUCAGGAACAAAUAUGUAAUUACGUUGAUAUUUGCGAGCGUGAAAUAUUUUAAUAAUCCCUCGACAUCUUAUACGAAAUAUAAAAUGUUUUGUACAUAUGGUAUUCUGUACUUUUAAGCGCAUCGUCCUUCAAACUGCACCCGUUUACCCGUAAAAUACAGGAUACCUCGGAAUUCAUGAUAUAAUAAAAAAAAAAUGUUCUUCAUAUGAAAAUAAACUCAAAUAAUUAUAUUUGAAACUAAUACAUUUUUAUUUAAAGAAAAACGUCACACAGGUCGUUUUGUAAA